UCGACUGCUGACCGGGCAGGAGCAACGCAGCCAAAAAGCUGAUUUGUAACCCCAUUGCCCGGCAUUAGAGCGUCAGCGUCGGCUAGUAUGACAGCAACCAUCUGUGGUAGACGUCCAUGAGGUCCGAUUCUCAGUGCCUUGUUCCAGCGACACAACCGAUCCGCUUCCAGUGGCUACAAUGUGAAGCCCCUCCAGACGCAGAUUAUGGAGUCUGCAGCGUGGGAUGUACUUGUAAAAAGUGUUCCGUUUCUAGGUACAACAAAAUCCGGCGGUGCGCAACUGUAAACAAGAGUAAAUACUUCCAGCAUCGCAGCAUCACGGCAUCAGAGCAUCGUACUGUGGCGUAUCAUCCAUGUACCCCAGACCUUGGGGCCAUAUUGGGGUCUGCCAGGAACAGGGCAUUGUACAGCAAAGGACAUUGCAAAGGAAGGAAGGAGUAUUCGCAGGACGAAGAGAGGGAUGCGUCAUAG